AUGGAUUCCCUGGUCGAGUCGGUGGUCCAGCUGCCCUACCAUGUUCUAGUGGUGCCCAAUCUGAAGCUGAAGCGUCCCGGGUGGCUGCAGCUGCCGCAGCCGAUGACCGUCUUCAGCAUGGUCCUCUUCUCCUACUUUUUAGUCUGCGGUGGCCUCAUCUACGACGUGAUCAUCGAGCCGCCGGCGAUCGGCUCGACGGUGGACGAGCACGGCCACUCCCGUCCGGUCGCUUUCAUGCCGUAUCGCGUCAACGGCCAGUACAUCAUGGAGGGCCUGGCCUCCAGUCUCUUCUUCACCCUCGGCUCACUGGGCUUCGUCAUCCUCGACAAGACCACCAGCCCCACCACUCGCCUUAAUCGGAUGUUCCUCGUUUCCAUUGGCUUCGCCCUCAUCAUCGUCUCUUUCUUCACCACCUGGAUAUUUAUGCGAAUGAAGCUGCCGUAA